AUGUUCAGGCGGCGACCUGGCGCGGCGGUCUGGGUGCCGGGCCAUGGAGCGCGAGGUCGCCGGGCCAUGGAGCGCGAGGUCGCCGAACAGCGUCCGCUCAUAGCUGGAUUGCAGGCAUUAGAUGUGGGGUCCAGGUAUCCAGCUGGAAUUUUUCAGGACCUUGUGGUGAAUACAAGGAGGAACUUGGAACAUGUUAGGAACUCAAAAACAGGUUCUGAAGGUAAUGAGAUAGAAUUGUUAGCAAACCAUUUUGCAGUUUCUUUCCCAUGGACUGCAUAUAAGCACAACGUUGUCUACAAGCCAAACAUAAAAGAUGUAAAGCUCCGUGAAAAAUUACUUUUGCUACAUGAAAAGAGUUUUGGAAGAUGUCAUAUAUUUGAUGGAAACUCUUUAUUGUUACCUAAAAGGCUUCCUAAUAUGGAAAAUUACCUCUCCCUCCUAAAAGGAAGGAUGGUAAAGAUAACACUCCAGUUUUCCAGACAACUUAGUUCUACAGAGCCAGAUUGCCUGCGCUAUUACAAUAUUUUCUUUAGAAGAAUUCUGAAGCUGAUGAAUCUGACACAAAUUGGUCGCAACUAUUAUGACAAAGGGGAGAGAAAGACAUUCUAUGACUCAAGGGUGGAAACCUGGCUUGGUUAUGUGACUUCUAUCCUUCCGUAUGAACAGAAUCUUACCCUGUGUUCUGAUAUUUGCCAUAAAGUGCUCCACUUAAAAAGUGCUUAUGAUGAAAUAAUAGACAAAAAGAAUAAACAUCUUACGGAUGAAUGUUUCCGAGAGGAAGUGUCUAAAAAUUUAGUUGGAUUAGUUGUUUAUACAAGAUACAAUAACAGAACCUACAGGGUGGAUGCUAUUAAUUGGGAUCGGAGUCCUAAUGAUAUAUUUAAAAAAUCAGAUGGCAGUGAAACCACCUUUGUGCAAUACUACUGGCAGAAAUAUAAAGAACGGAUCACUGACUCUACACAGCCGCUCUUGGUGAGCCAUCGCAGGUGGAGAAGGGGCCAGAGGCCUGCAGCACCGGAUCCCAUCCUGCUAGUGCCUCAACUCUGCUACCUGACAGGGAUAUCAAAGGAGCUGCUUAACAAAACUGACAAAAAAGGGACAACAUUGGCUAAGGCUAUGCAGCAGUCUCCAGAGCGAAGGACUGAAAAUUUAGAAAAAUUCAUCGAGAAGAUACACAGAAAUAGCACAGCACAAGAUGAGCUUAAACGCUGUAAGGUGGAGUUUUCUAAAAACUUUUUACCUGUCUCGGGAAGAAUUUUGAAAAAUGUAUCAAUCUUCCAGCAGGAGCAAUUGCCUGAAAUGGAGCCACAGCAAGCAGAAUGGCUAAAAGAAUCAAGAAAUUUAUCCUUACUUAUGGGGAAAUCUCUAAGUAGUUGGAUAUUACUUCAUACUUCAGACUGUGUUGAACAAGCUGAAAAAUUACUGAAAAUGUUAAGGAGAGUUGGUCCUCCCAUGAACAUAACUGUGAAGCAAGCACAAAUGUAUGAAGUAGAUGGUGACACUAGUUCCUAUAUAUCCACAUUACAAAGACGUGUUAAAUCAAAUACAGAUAUGGUGCUUUGUGUACUGCCUGAUGAUGAGAAAUGCAGGUAUGAUGAGAUAAAAAAAUACCUGUGUAUCAGAUGCCCAGUUCCAAGUCAGUGUGUGAUUGCAGAUACCUUAGUGACUGAUGGAAAAUUAAUGAGCAUUGCUACAAAGAUUGCCCAGCAGAUGAAUUGCAAGAUGGGAGGAGCUCUCUGGAAGGUGAACAUAGGUCUACAGAAAACAAUGUUCAUUGGUAUUGAUUGUUUCCAUGAUACUGUAAAUCAACAGAAGUCAAUUGCGGGAUUUGUGUCAAGCACCAAUGAGGAAUCAACCCAGUGGUAUUCCCAGUGUGUCUUCCAGGAAACUGGACAGGAACUUGUGGAUGGGUUGAGUAACUGUUUGGAAGCUGCCUUAGAUUCCUGGUUUAAGAAUGUGCACCACCAGCCAGAUUCUGUUGUGGUAUAUCGGGAUGGAGUAGGAGAUGGUCAGCUUCAGGCCUUAAUUGACCAUGAAAUUCCACAGCUUUUGAGACACUUAACAAAGCAUGAGAUCAAGCUAACUUUCAUUGUAGUGAAGAAACGAAUCAACACCAGGUUUUUUCAGGUUGAUGGCAAGUUUAGAAAUCCACCUGCAGGCACUGUUAUUGAUAAAGUGUUAACUAGAUGGGAAUGGUAUGACUUUUAUAUUGUGAGUCAGUCCACGAGGCAUGGAACUGUUAAUCCCACUCAUUAUAAUGUUAUCUACGACACAGUUUGCUUUGAACCAGAUAAAGUACAGUGUUUAACUUACAAGCUAUGCCACAUGUGCUAUAACUUUGCAGGCACCAUUCGAGUUCCUGCUCCUUGCCAUUAUGCCCACAAAUUGGCUUACUUUGUGGGGCAAAAUAUUCAACAAGAGGCACAUUACUCACUAUCAAACCGUCUCUAUUACCUUUGACUACAGAGAAAGACCUGGUAUGAUGUGGAAAAUCACAUAUGGUACAUUUUUAAUUUGUUCUUUUUGAAGUUGGACAUCUGAAAUAUUUUCCUUGAUUUGCAGCUAGACUAAUAAUUUUUGACUGGAAGUAGGGGAACGUUGAAUAGUAUCAAGAGAUGGCAAAGCAGAGAAGAAAAUCAUGCUAAUAUCUAGCAGGAAAUCCUAAAAUGGUACUUGUGACUGCUUUCCAUUGAGUGUGACUGAAAAGUAUUUGUUAUGUUGAGAAAAACUGGAGUGGACUCACUCCAGCUGGAUUCAGUGGUGCGGUCUACUUUCACAUUGACUUAUACAAGAUUGA